AUGUUUUCAAAUAGAUUGCGAUUUCACGCCCUUUCACCUUCCCUCCCGCUUUAUUUCCAACCUUUUUGUUUUGGUUGUAUCCCCAAAAUAAAACCUAGCCCAGAGCCUCGCCGUCGAGAUUCACGCCGCGACGAGCUCGUAACCGCGAACAUCGAUAUCGAUAUCGCUACGCCGCUGGGUUUCGAUGAUUGCAUCGCCGAGACAUUAACCAUCGAGUAUCGGUGA